UGAAGCUUGAAGGGAAAAAAAUAAAGGGGGAAAAGGAAGAAUGGACAUUGCGCUCUUUUCCCCGUCUUCACUUUUUGCCGAAGACGAAGAUAUUUCUAUCGAUGAGAAAGCUUCAGAUGUCCAACAGAGCUUUGUGGAGAGGAGACACCAGUUUCCUGGCAUGGAGUUGCUUAUUCGAGAAUUUUCCUUUCACCAGUUGAAUGCUAACUUACUCUGGCCAGGUACGUUUGCUUUUGCAGAAUGGCUAGUUCAACAUCAAUCAUGGAUAGAAGGUCGUCGUUGCCUUGAACUUGGAAGUGGCACUGGUGCUUUGGCUAUUUUUCUCCAAAAGUCGUUUAAUCUUGACAUAACAUCAUCAGAUUAUGAUGAUCAGGAAAUUGAAGAGAACAUAGCUCUUAAUUGUCAGACAAAUGGAAUUACACCUGUUCUUCCUCACAUAAGGCAUUCAUGGGGAGACACCUUUCCAACUGCAGAACCUGACUGGGACCUCAUCAUAGCAAGUGAUAUCCUAUUGUAUGUCAAACAGUACCCUAACUUGAUAAAGUCUCUCUCGUUUCUCCUAAAGUCUUACAAGCCAAAAGAUGACAAAACUAUUCCUGUGGGAAAUGAUCAGAGUAGUGGAAUGUGCAUGGGGUUGCCUGCACCAGCAUUUCUAAUGAGCUGGAGACGCAGAAUUGGUAAGGAAGAUGAAUCACUCUUCUUCACUGGUUGUGAGAAUGCCGGUCUUCAAGUGGAGCAUAUCGGAUCCCGUGUGUAUUGCAUCAAAACCAAGAAAGUAGUCACAACCACGGAGUGUGUUGAUGAUUGAAGCAGGUAUGCAAUUUAAGAAUGGUUGUUUCUUGGUUUCGUUCUAAACCAGGUCCAAGAUCUUGUUAAUUAAAGUUGCAGAUAGAUGAGAAUUCGUUCAUUUAAAAAGGAUUUUUUUUAAUGCAA